GUAUGUUGCGCUUAUUCAAACGUUGGCGGUGCUCACAAUAAUGACUGCUAACAACUCGGGAAAAAGAAAUUUAAAGAAACUUAUGCUCUACAAAAUGAAGCUAGUGGUGAUGAAAAUCAUAUGGACACGGCUGAGCUUUCAAGAAUACCAGCAGAGAAACUUAAUUACUUGAAUGAGAAUCAUAUUUUUUUGCAACUGCAUAAAUCAAAACGUAAAUAUGUGCUGACAUGCGACGCUUGUGGCACAACUUUGCCCACUGUUGGUGCUGCUAUUCAACAUACCUCUAUGAACUAUCACCAUGUUAACGUUACGACCACUGAACUGAAACAUACACUUCUUUAUCUACCUCCUAUCACGGAUUCGCACAGAAUUGCAUUAAAUUCUUCCCUAAAAUCUUCUGUUGUUAACGUUAUAGCUGAUGGGAAUGAAAUUCAGCGACGUAAAAAUUUUGCACAUGAUCUUAUUAUGUCCAUUGAAGCCCGAAUUCCAAAUAUAAAAGUACGAGGAACUGGUAGUUUAUGGUUUGAUUUGGCUUUACCUGAUAGUCAUGUGUCAUUGGAUGUAAUUUGCAUAGAUGAUGUCAACAGGUUUGAUUCACAGACAAUAGAGCCAGUUGCUGAUUUUGAGAUUGCUGAUCAAUCUAGCCCACAGUCUGCAUCCAAUCAAUGGACAGAUGAAAAUGAAGGGUUAAAAGUUAAUUCAGUGGGUAUUGGUUAUGCUCUUUCACGCAUUUUUGAAUUAUUACAAUCUAAUUCUUGUGAACCCUCAAGUAUUGCACAACAACAGACAAUAAUAUCAGAGGAAAAUACUGUUGGCGUCAAUUCUUCUGUUGAUGAUACAACAGCAAAACAAUUAUCAGAUAAACCUAAAUUCCCAAAAUUCCAUACUGUCUUGAGAACAAGUACCGAUUACUUCUACCUUUCUUUGACGGAUGUACACGGUAUUAAUUAUCGUAUCAGCACAGGUCAUCCUUAUGGACACGAUUUGGCUAAGCUGAUUGACACUUAUCUCAAACUGAACAAACAGGCUAGACAACUUGCUAUUUUAUUUCGGAAAUUAUCAAGGUUGGGUCAUCUAGAUAUGCCUGAAAAUGGUACAUUUGAAGAGCCAGUUAUUCCUCUGUUGGUUAUAUUCUACUUUCAACGUUGUUAUCCUCCACUACUUCCGAAUUUGCACACUAUAUAUCGCGAACACGUUAAUGAAAUUCCACAAGGUUCAUAUCAUCAAGUUUUACUGCCUGAUGAUGACUGUUCAUUCGUUACGGACAUUGAAGUAAUUCGGAAGUUAUGUCCUCAUGAACCGUUCACUGAUCCAUCUUCGUCUUGUCAAUCGACUAGUUUAGCUGAUUUGUGGCUUGGUUUACUUCGGUUUUAUUUAUUUGACUUCAAGUUGUCUGCAUGUGUUAUUAAUAUUGUGGAAUCGAAACCAGUCGGAAAAUCCUGUAGUGGAAAAGGUUAUUUCACAGUAAUUGACCCUUUCAACAGCAAACGUAAUCUUUGCUAUAAUGUAACUGCAGCCAGUUUAGAUUACAUUAAUUCUCAGUUAUUAGCUGCAUAUGGUUAUUUUGGUGUACCACGACUAUCACAUAAUGGUCGACAUUUAUUCACACGGAUUGCAGUUGCCAGAGAAAUAUCUGUAUCUCAAAGUAAAGAAGUUGAAUCUGUAGAUGUUAAUGCUGAGUCAAAGCAAAAUAUCAUCAAAUCUAGUAGUAAAACUACAACUAAUGAAAAUACAAAAGUAGCAAUUGUUCAUUUGACGCCAAUUAUUGAUGAUUGUGAUGAUUUUGUCUCAAAUUUAGACAAAAUAACAAAUCUACUCACCGAAAAGUUCCAUUCUCUUUCAAAUGCUGAAAAUGAUAAAGAUGCAUUCCAGUCAUUCGGAAGUGAAGAAAUGGAAGUUCCAUUGGACCAUACACAGUCAUUUAAUGAUAAGCUUCUUAAACCGAGAAUGCUGUCACUUUCACAAAUGCUUCCAUAUAUUCUUCACUCUGUUCUAGAUGAAUUACUUGAAUCAGAUGAUGUUCCUGGUGUUGUCAAUAAUUGUUUAGAUUUACCUGAACACAAGUUCUUUGCUCCUUUAUCAGCUACACAUAACCUUACAUUGAAUGAUUUUAAUCGGAUUACUCGUAAUUUCGCUUAUUGCUUUUGGUCAUCGUAUUUCAAAAGUUCAAUUAGUAAAGGAAAAUUUACUGUACAAAAACGACAAAUUGUGAAAUCCAUUUCUUUCGUAUUCAGAAAGGCUAUCAAGCAUUGGUUACCUACUUGUACGUCAACGGAAUUUCUAGUAAAACAAAACGAAAAGGAUGAUGAUGAUAGUCUACGUGAACCACCUAGUACUACGUUACAAAAAGCAGAGGGAUCAACUGAAGAAAAGUCCAAUAAGUCAUCUACAAACUCUUCGUCAAAAUUAGUUAGCGAUACAAAAGAUAAUCAUAUCUCAGAUUUCAAGGAAAUUGAUUUGUCCAACAAGGAGAAGACUGUGAAUAGUAUCGAUAUCGUAAAUGAUGAUAAAACUGUUGAGGAAGAGGAUUUAUCUUUAAACAUGGAUAAUUUUGAUAGCCCGAAUAGAUUUUUGUUAACCGAUGGAGAUGCUGAAGAGCAGGAGGGAGAAAUGAGUCAAUUAUUUGAAAUUAAUGAUUCAUAUGAUGCAUUCAUUCCACAUGAAGAGGUUUUUCUACUUGAUGAUGUAGAUAACCAGAAUAAUUUCAUUGAUGACAGCAUGACUGAAGAUUUAGAAUGUUCACUUGAAUUAGGCGAUGAUGACUUAAAUGACAGUUCAGUAGAUCCAACUGUUAAUUCAUCUUUUAUUGAAAAAAAUUCCAACACUAUGGAAUGCUUUCUUUCAUCUGAACCUGGUAGUCAUCAUAAGAAAAGACAGUCUGACAGUGUUAAUCAGACGUCAGAUUCCAUUUCAGUCAUCGGUUCUACACCGAAUAAAUCAGUUAUUGCAUCAGAAACUAUUGUGGGAUGUAAUGUUGCAGGCGUACCUCCACCUAGUAAAUUGUCUAGGAGAGCACAGAAGGCUUCUAAACAAAAUUCUGCGAAUAAUAAUAAAACUGUAACUAUUAAAGGUAAUACAGGUGUAACGAAGUCGAAUUCUCCGAAAGCUAAAAGAGGUAAAAGAAAUAAAGUGCUUCAGUGGAAUGAUGUAAUUCUGUCACGUCAUACAAUCAGUCCUCCUGUUGAUGAUGAUCGUCCCGAUUACUAUAACUCUAAACUUUUGAAAGAUUUGAAACCAGAAGAUUUAGAUUUUACAUUUUCUGCACGGAGUGUUGUUUCUCCUAGAGGUCGUCAUACUCAAUCGUCAGUUUUAGGCUUAGCUGCACGAAAUCAACCAUCCACUCUGUUAGCUCAUUUUGAUGCACCCCAACCACAAUGUCAAGCAUGCGGAGUAACUGGUCAUCGUUGGACUCAAUGUCAAAGUACAAAUGAGAAGUCAGUAUCAUUUUUAGCCUGGCGUAAGCUAUUAAACAAAACUCCGUGGCCUCCGACUUCAAGACAGUUAAAAGAAUUAAGUGAUUGUCUAGAACUUUUGGAAAAGCAUCAUGAAGCGGAUGAGAGAAAUUAUGCUCGUAAAGAACUUGUUCAAAACAUUCAGAAAGUCUUUUCAGCUCGUUUUCCUUCUGUAAAAAUUGAAUUGUUUGGUUCUUGUGCAAAUGGAUUUGAUUUACAUUCAAGUGACUUAGAUGUUUGUGUAUUUUUCCCACCCGGAUCACCUGAAUGGAAUGCUUUGAAAAAAGAAAGUACAGCAAUUAAUUUAAUUAAACAAUUCAGAAGGCAGUUAUUUUGGAGCAGUAAUCUGUUGAAUGUUACUCAAAUUCAACCAGUUCUUAGAGCUCGUGUUCCAAUACUGAAAGUCUCCUUUAAAAAUUCAUUUGAAGCAGAUAUAAGUUUCUCCAAUUAUCUGGCCCUUUCAAAUACUCGAAUGCUUGCAUUUUAUGCAGAACUUCAACCGAAGCUUCGUACUCUAGGAGUUGCGUUGAAAACAGUUACCAAGAUAACGAAAAUUGGGAAAGCAUCAGCUGGUGGUAUCUCUUCCUAUGCAUGUAUUAUCAUGCUGAUUCAUUAUUUACAACAAAUCAAUCAACUCCCUGUUUUACAGGAACUUUAUGAAGAAUCAACAAAACCCGUCAUUUUAGUCAAUGGUUGGAAUGUUUGGUAUCAAAAUGAUUUAUCUGUUAUAAAUCGUUUAUGGAAACCAAACAACCCAGAACCAUUAGUUGGAGAUUUAUGGUUAGGAUUUUUUCGUUAUUAUCUGUUUGAAUUUGAUCAUGAUUCUUAUGUUGUAACGAUCAGGCAAAAGAUAUUACUCAUACGAUUUAUGAAGAUGUGGAGAUCCUUACUUGCUAUUGAAGAUCCAUUUAAUUUGAAUCACAACCUUACAGCAGGUUUUAAUUAUUCUAAGCUUCUUUAUAUGCUAAAUGUGUUUCAUACUGUUCUCGUUCAUCAUACAACUUUUCUGUCAAAACAAAUGUCUAUGGGACAGUGGUGCUACUGUUUAUUCGCACCAGAUUAUAUUGUUGUCAAAACAGAUUCACUUAAAAAUACACAUUGUUUUGUUUGCCAACGAACUGGUCAUAUAUCAUCACAAUGCCCCAAAAAUCAGAAAGCAGUAUGUACAGAGAACAAAAAUGAAGCGUCGACGGUGUAUUCGUUAAUUGGUCAUUUUUUGUCCACACCUCCAGCGCAAAUAUUUCAAUCCUCACAAAGGCCAAUGUUGAACAAAUCAGUAGAACAUCGUUAUAAUAAUCAUCAAAAACAUCGUCAAGCAUAUCCAAGUAAAAGCUCUUCAUCUUCUACGGAAACAAGUGCAUCAUUUUUUGCACCAUCUAAUUAUGUGAACCCAUUUAGACCGCAAAACAAUCACCAGAUGCCACCAGUACAUAACAGCUAUUCACUCCAACCUUUCCCUCACCAUAAUCGACCACCGAACUAUGCAAAUGUACACACAAGUCCUAAUAUCAUGCUCACAUCACACAUCCCACAACCUCCGUCUAACGUUGGUUGUGUACGUGUCAUCAAACCUGGUCUUCUAGACAGCAAUGGAAUGUAUUGCCCCCAAAAUCUUAAUAAUACUUAUCAACAACAACUACCAUACCAAAAUUCUUUUUGUCGUUAUUCAUCAUACGGCAGUAUAAAAGGCCAACAAUAUCAGAACAGUAACUGCAUUUCACAAGGAAAUCUUCUUACCAGUUGCACCUCAUACGAUCACCAGAUUGGUCAUCAAAAUAAGAAUUCAAAGUGGAUAGCUAAUCCGCUUGUUUCACCAACCAAUACAGUAACAGCUGCAAGUAAUGUUACCGCUUCUCAGCACUCUCCAUAUAGCCCAAAGAAGUUGAAGAAUAAUCAUACUACUGCUGCUUCUACUCAUCAAACUACUAAUGUAUCACAAAUAUCUGGUAAUUAUGAAUCGGUAUCAAAGAUUUCGAAAAGUGUCAGUCACCGGAUGACGAACGCUGUUUUGGAAAACGCUCCUUCUCCCCCAAGUAAUAAGGGGAAAUGUAACUCAGGUCCAACAAAAUCGUACAACCAACAAAAGAAGCAGUCCACUUCUCCAUUAGAUACAAAAUCGAAUUUCCAAUUAUCUUCAGAAUGUAUUAACCGUACGCAAACUAAGCCAUCGAAGCUGACUGGAUCGACAUAUCCAUCUCAAGUGACACAUAUCGAAAAUGAACAUCAAUCAGAUUCGAAGAAACCUAACCGUGCUUGUAAAAACCGUCGAAAUCCUAAACGUUUCACUUGCUCCAAUGUGAAUGGAUCACCAAAAUCAAAUAAUCUGGAUGUAGACAAAAAUUUGGUUGAACGUCUACACAAUAUGUCUACUGCUUUUUCGCCUUAGUGACAAUAUCACUGCACAGCAUCCUUCUCCAAAAUCAUUACUAAAAAUUUCUUUUCUUACUACAAAUAAUCAUUAGUAUGAUUAUUUUUGCAUGAGUUGGUUGUUAGUGAUGUACCUCUCAUUUUCAGAUGUAAAUUUGUAUCGUUUUAACGUUUUAAUGGAUUUUUCAACCAUUCCCGAAUUUUAAUGUGUACUGUUGACAACGAGGACAUGUGAUGAAUGUAUGAUCCUAAUGCACUGCUCUUAAAUUUCGGCGUAUAAAUUAAGUCAUCACUUUUCCUCUUAAUCAAUUUAGCAUCUUUGAGUUAAACUAUAUCUCUCAUUUCUGUUUAUUGCCUUUAGUCCUAGCUGUUUAAAAUUCGAAAUUUCAUGCGAUCCAUCAUAAGCUAUGUGGGUUAACCUCUAAGGUCACGUGUCAGUAAUUCUGUUUUCUCUCAGGUUUUUGUCUGAACGACUUGAAAGUAUUUUGAUGAAGUUCUGUUGGAGUGUUU